AUGACGACAUCUACCAAUAAGUCUAUCAUAGUGCUAAUAGGAGGUGGUCAUGCUGCUGGAAAAAGAACGGCUGCUAAACUCUUAAAACAAGAGAUUAAUGAUACUUUGCCUAAGGCUCCCCUUGAUGUUCAACUUAUUGAUUUAAAUGAAUAUAAAGAUGAUUGUAAAAAGACGAUUGAUACCGAUAAAUAUAGCAUGGAUAAGUCAGUGGUGACCAAUGCUAAUUUCAAAAAUGACAAGUUUCCUCCUUUAAAACCAUCAAGAUUCAAUUUUGAAGAGUUGAAGCUAUAUUUACGUCAUAAUUCAGACAUACCUCAAGAUCAACCUCAAAAGGUUUUCAUUGUCCAUGGGUUAUAUGCGUUGUAUGAUAAGGAAUUAAGAGACAUGUCAUAUAUAAAGGUGUUUAUGGAUAGUGAUACCGAUACAAGAUUAAUCAGAUGGAUAAGACGUGAUGUUCUUGGUGAAGGGGAUGAUAAACUUAAUUUGGAAACCUUACUUAAUUCAUAUGUCUUAGGAGCUAGAGCUGAAAUGAGUGAUUUCAUAUUCCCCACUAAAGAGUUUGCUGAUGUGAUUAUGCCUAGAGGGGCUGAACAUAAUGCUGUCAAGUUAAUAUUCGAUGGUUUAUUACCAUACCUUGCUGAUAAUCAUUCCCAACCUGAACGAAUGUUCUUACCUCAUGCUCCAGGUAAUUACUUAAGACCCAAUGAUCCUUUUGAUAAGGAAUUAUUCGAUGGACAAAAGAGUACAUUCUAUGAAUUGAAUUAA